AUGGUGAAUCAAUCCACGUUGUCUGAAUUUCUGCUCCUGGAAUUCUCAGAUGUUCGGGAACUGCAGAUUCUACACUUCGUUUUGUUCCUGGUGUUGUACUUUGCAAUUUUAACAGGGAAUCUUCUAAUCAUCUUUGCAGUAGCUUUUGACCACCACCUGCACACCCCCAUGUACUUUUUUCUGAUGAAUUUGGCCAUACAGGACCUUGGCCAAGUUUCAGUCAUUCUCCCCAAAUCCAUGGCCAAUUCCCUCAUGGAUUCUAGACACAUUUCUUAUUCCGGAUGCAUGGUUCAAGUUCUCCUAUUUGUCCUUUUUUUAACAUCUGAUUUCUGUCUCCUCACAGUCAUGGCGUAUGAUCGAUAUGUUGCCAUUUGCAAUCCAUUACAUUAUGAAAUGGUAAUAACUGGGCAAGCCUGUGCUGAAAUGAUUGCUGGUGUAUGGAUUGCUGGUUUUCUCUAUGCAGGGAUGUACACUGGUGGGACUUUUGCAAUCCAUUUCUGCUCUAACAUUGUUAACCAGUUUUUCUGUGAAAUCCCACAAUUACUCAAACUCUCCUGUUCUAACUUAUAUCUAAAUGAAAGAGGUGCUCUUUUGGUUGGGUCUGUUGUUGGCCUGGGAUGCUUUGUAUUCGUUCUCGUAACAUAUACGCAGAUUUUCAUUACUGUCUUCAGAAUCCCCUCAGUGCAAGGAAGAAAAAAAGCCUUCUCUACUUGUCUUCCUCAUCUCAUUGUAUUUUCCACUUUGGUGAUCACUGGAAGCAUUGCUUACCUAGGGCCAACCUCUAAUACCCCAUCUCAUCUUAAUCUGAUAUUUACCAUGAUAUAUUCCAUUACCCCUCCCUUGCUGAAUCCCAUAAUAUACAGCAUGAAAAACAAGGAGAUCAAGAGUGCCUUGUGUAAACUACUGUGUCUGAAAAUGUCUUCUAAGAAUAUAUUCUUUAAUUUUCACUGCAAAUUUGGAUUCUAA